UUUAUAAUUUUUGAUUUAAUAAAUCUUUAGUCUAUAGUCUAACUUACGAAUACAAACUCAAAAAUGCAUACAUAUGUAAUACAAAAUAUAUAAAAAAGUAAAAUCAGUAAGGAAGGGAAGGCAGCAUCUGCUACCCAGUGAAUGUCAAUAUUUCGUUUCGGAAAGUUAGUUGUUUUGUACAUAUAUAAAGUGUGUCUAACAAACACCUUUUAUAAUUUUACAUACGUGUUAUCUACUUAAAAAACUUAAAAAAACUAUAUAUUAGUGUUGACAUGGGUGUUUAGAUCUGCAUAAUUCCGUUGAUCAGGACUAUUCCGAAUUUCUCAGCGAGUAUUUACUGCAAAACAAUUCCCAAAGUAUCGAACCGGAAGCCAGUUACGAAGAUGGAGAAUUGGAAGCAGAGUGGUUGGUUUCCGCUGGUUAUCCAGAAUUGACAAAACCCUUCAAACAAUGUCCACUAUAAGAUGUUAAGUGAGCGAAGCCGGCUACUAUAUGUAUAUAUAGACACGAAUAAAUAUCUGCUGUGGUUGUCCGAUUCUAACGCGUUUUACACCAAGCGAAAGGGGAUAGAGGUUUCUAAAACGGACUUGGAUCCCAUACUUACUACUUUAUCUAAGCCACAUGCUGAAGCGAUUGUACAACUGGUAAGGACCCUAAACAAAACGGUACGGGGGCGUACAAAAAACCGACAAAAACGGAAACCUGAUAUAAGAGACGUAUUUCGCGAAUUUGAUGAACGAAGUAGAGGAACACGCUCACGAAGUGCCACUCCAGAUUCCCUGGACUCUUUACAAAUUGAUCAAGCUUGGACAAACAAUUAUUUACCCAAUUUUGUAAAUAAUUAUAAAAAAAAUUGUGAACCUGGUAAACGAUGUGUAGAACAAUCUAAAGAAAUAUAUUUAAAACCAAUCCUACGACGAACCCCUAGCGCCCCAUUUAAAAGCGGCACCUGUGUGGAUAUAUUUCGUGGUUCGCAUGUGCGAUGUGAUAUACCUUUGUACUCGACGCAUGGUGUAGAAUUGCUUGGAUAUUCACGGAUAAGCACCAUACAAUUGCCACGAAACCGAUCCGGCUCUGAUCCCUUUUGUUCUAUUGUCCGAUCGAAGGAUUGUCAAAGUGAAAACGAUACACCAUCACAAAAGAAUACAUUGAGUGAAGUGCUGUCAGCUUCAGAGAAUGAAUGUAUUCGCCUAUUUCCUAUGCCCUACAAUAUUCUGAGCUUUGAAAGUAUUUGUCGAGAUUCCUCUAGUACUGAUAGCUGCGAAGUACUAGGUAACUGUGAUACCCCUUCAACAGUAUUCACAGAUAUUGCAUCAAUAAGCGAAAAUGGGAUCAAACGUUUACAGACAAUACUUUGGUUAGAAUUAGCCACAAUAUUUGAUCGCAACAAAGUUUCUUUAGAUAAAAGAAAACCAUUUAAACGUCGUCGCAAAGAAGAGGGUAAUCUCUUUGGGGUAUCUAUAAACGCGCUUAUACGUCGGGAUCAGCAAGUUACUGGCACUGACUCAUCUUUAGUCCCACUAUUUUUGGAAAAUCUAAUUGGCGAACUUCUGCGUCGUGGCUCUAGAGAAGAAGGAUUACUGCGAAUAGGUGGUCAUAAGCAAAAGACUGAAUUACUUUAUAAUGAAUUAGAAUCAGCCUUUUAUCAGAAUCCGGAAAAUCUAACUAAUAUUUUUUGCACAGCUACUGUUCACGAACUUAGUUCGUUGCUAAAACGAUGGUUGCGGGAACUUCCUCAACCUCUACUUACUAAUGAGCUGAUAAAACUGUUUUAUCAAUGUCACACACUUCCAUCAAUGGAUAAAGUGAAUGCACUAUCGAUUUUAUGUCACCUGCUUCCACCCGAAAAUAGGAACACAUUACGUUCUUUAUUAAGUUUUUUUAAUUAUAUUAUUAAUCUAAAGGAUAUAAACAAAAUGAAUGUUCAUAACGUAGCAACAAUAAUUGCACCAUCACUAUUCCCACCACGUUAUAUACACCCAACUGACAAAAACAGCAUUUCAGAACAAGUAACAAUGGCCGCACAGUGUUGCCAUUUAACGAAUAUUUUAAUCUUACGUGGUGAAAGUCUUUUCCAAGUACCCAACAAUUUAAUUAUGGAAUCACAGAAAACAAUUAUGGGUAAGAAAGGAUGGCAGCGGCAUCGGAAUUUAAAUGAAAUUACUCCAAACCCAAGUGGAAAGGCGAGCAAUGUUGGUGUCGGACACGAUUCUGCAGUUAUAAAUAAAUACUCAACCAAUUUAAAGCAUUUACAUCCAUUUGUUAUUUGAACAAUCGGUUGCUAACGAUUCUUAAGUUGUAAUUUAUGUUGAUUAUAUAUUUAUGUAUUUUUAAAGAAAAUAUAUGGAAUAUUCUUUAAUUUAAA